AUGUUGAUUUUUGAAUACCGUGUGGUACUUCCCAUGACAGUGGAAGAGUACCAACGGGCACAGCUUUUUUCUGUUGCUGAAGUCAGUAAGAAUGAGACAGGCGGUGGAGAUGGGAUUGAAGUCAAGACAAAUGACCCUUUUGACUUGGAGAAGAGCGACCAGUACAAACCGGAACGACCGUUGAAGGCAGACAAACUGUACACAAAGGGCCAGUACACGCACAAAAUCUACCAUUUACAACAUAAAGUUCCAACAUUUAUGCGAUUAAUAGCUCCCAAAGGGUCCCUUACCGUCCACGAGGAGGCUUGGAAUGCUUACCCCUACUGUAGAACGGUGAUAACGAAUGAUUAUAUGAAGGAAAAUUUCUACUUGAUCAUAGAAACAAUGCAUUAUCCAGACAGGGGAGAAUCAGAAAAUGUACAUAGUUUAAGCGAGGCUAAGCUUAAGGACAGGCAAGUUGUAUUAAUUGACAUCACAGAUACAAAGUGUUUAAGGGCUUCGGAUAUUAAGGCAGACGAAGAUCCUAGCAAAUUCAAAUCACAGAAAACUGGUAGAGGCCCAUUAGGACCUGGUUGGAUUAAAACUGCUAACCCUGUGAUGUGCUGUUAUAAAUUGGUGACCAUACAUUUCAAAUGGUGGGGGUUGCAGAAUAAGGUGGAGUCCUAUGUCAUGAAGCAAGAGCAGAGGAUUUUCUCCAACUUCCAUCGCCAGGUGUUCUGCUGGACAGACAAGUGGUACGACCUAACAAUGGAUGACAUCAGGGCACUGGAGGACAAGACAAAACAGGAAUUGGACAAGCAACGGCAGGAGGGAGAAGUCCGUGGCAUGGCUGUUGAAGAGCGAUGAUCGUUUUCACCAUUAGGCACCCUUUCAGUAGCUAUUUAAUAUGGUUGCUAGGCAACGCGCUUGUCUUCAAGAGUACAUGUAUGACAUUAUAUAAAUGCAGAUCAGCGGAAAGGGCUGCUCUUAUUUAGCCACCUCUCCCCCUCUUGAGUCCCGCUCCACAUGAGAGCGUGCACCACCCUCUUAUGCCGCUUUAGCAGAUGACCUUUGACCUAUUAUAAUUAAACGGGUUAGCAGCAUAACUGAACCGUUACUGCGUCUCACUCUUAUAUUCUAUUUGUUAUGAUAGACAAAGUAUGUAAUGAUAGUGGUUGUAAAUUAGAAAAGUUUGCAUUAAGAUGAGAUUUUUUUUUCGUCCAGAUUCUGGACAGUGCUGGAAUUCUGUAGCUCAUGAACACUUGUCAGAAAUGUGACUGAGUUAAUCAGAUUUAGAAAGCACAUCCCUGUAACAUAUCUUGACUGGUAGGCACCAUUCCUUGUAUAGACUGUCUGACUCAGGUUCCUACAGGUAUGUAAGGUAAUAAAGUGGUUCUGAAAUAAGCCGGUAAAAAGUAAAUGAAGAUUAGAUAUAUUGCUUCAACAAUAUACACCUCUGAGCAGUUUUACUCACCUGUUGCAGAGGCUGGCAGAUAACAUGAAAAGAUAAGUUAAGAACAGUGCAUGAUAUUAUGAAAAUUAUCCCAGAUAAUAAGUUGAAGCUUUGUAAUAUGAUCAAACUGACCAAACAACAAAAUCAGUGCUUUUGGCUUUUGGUACUUUGUGGAAUUUUGUAUUAUCUUCAGUCUUGUUCAGGCAAUAAUUUCCUUUGUGUCUAUGGCAUUAUAACCUGUAGGCAAGGGUAAAACAAUAAGUGCCUGACACUCUGUGGUCUAGAUAUGCCAUUUCUGAUGUGUGCCAGCUUUAACCCUUUAUUCCAGUUUUAGCCUGAAUUUCCCUUGCACCAGUCCCUCUACUCAUCCCCUUAAUCUCACCACAAACCAUUUGCAUCAGAGUGGAUGUUUGUGUUGUAAAUGAAGCAGUGUAAAUCAGUGCACAGCUACUUUGCCUCUAGCAAGAAAACCAUACAUUUUUUUUUUAUGUUUGACCUUUCAGGCAAAGUUGAUCUCUUUGACAUUUGACCUUGAAUCUGAGUGCAAUACAGGAAAUUUAACUAAUCACACCACAUGGUGCCCUCCUUCAUCCUCAGUACACAUUUCCUUCUGUUUCAAAAUAGAAUCUAUUAAUGUUGUAAACUAGUUUUCCGUAACACCCAGGUUUUUAGCAGAUCACCUUUUGUACAUAUUGACAAAUCACACAUAGCCUUGUGAUGUUAAUAAUAUUAAAUGCUAAAAAAAAAAUAGAUAUCAAUGCUUUUGUUUUUUUAUUAUUAUUGUUAUUAUUAUUUCUUUGUUUAAGAUGAAUUUUAGGGGUUAUAUUUUUCACUCAUCACACUAUUCCAACAUUUAUUUACACAUGUUUUGAUUUAAGGAGUGACGUUUUCCAAUAUCAUGUAACCUUCUUUCGUUGUUGGUGUGACUAUUAUAUCGUGUGAAAGCUCAUCGCACUCUGAUUAUGAAGAAAAUGUGUGUCAUUUCUUAUAUACCCUGUAAAGAUUAUGUGAGAUUCAGUGCAGUGGUACAAUGUAGUGAUGUAGAACUUUUUAUACAGUAUUUAUGCAUACUAAAGCAAACCACUGUAUUUGAAGUGCUGGUCUAGAAUAUCAAGGGGCUAAACUCUAAUUAUAGGGUUAUCUCCCUUAGGUGUUCAUUAGUUGAUAUGCGUUGCUUCCACAGAAAGAUCACUGUGAUGCUGCUUGUAGAAUAAAGAUGUCCAAUAAGGUGCUAGUUUACUAAAAUUUUGAUGUAGAUUUGUAAAGUGCCAUGGCAUUGGCUGCCAGACAGAAACAGAAUUCCGAUUAUACAGCACGUGAGAAAUAUACAUAAUAAUGCCGUUGUGGUUUUGGUCAGAGAGAAGUGGCUACUGUUUGUUUUGAACACCAAUUUGUAUAUCAAUGGAAGUAAACAUAAUCAUUAUCAGAGGUUUUGGAAAUUAUGAAAAAAAUGAUGAAUAUUUUGCCAAAUUUGAAUUUUUUAAAACUGCCUUAAUUUAGGAUCGGUAUGUGUUCGUCUUGCACCUUUGAUAUAUAAAGUCUAGUAAACAACACAGCUUAUGAUGUGAUAUAACAUAUUUAUUUCAGUUCAGAAGGAGCUCAAACACUCAACUAUAAAAGGUCGUGGUUUUGAAUGGAUUGUAAAUUAAUAUCCCCAGUGUAAUGUAGAAAUCAGUUCUGAUUUGUGAAAACAUUGGAUUGGAAUGAAAAGCUAUGGUUUUGGAACAAGGAAGAAGCAAACAGGAACACGAAGAUUGUGUGUAAAUUAGUAUGUGUCACUUGUAUAACACUCUGUUCGUCAUUAUUAUUUUUUGUUCAGAUUUUUUGUUUAUCUGUUUCACAUUUUUUGUUUUUUGGGUAAAAUUUGAGAAACAUAGACAGGAUGCAGCUUAGCGUUCGGUUAUAAGAGACUGUAUAACUACAUCAGGAGUUACUUCCCUUGUGUAAAAUGAACACGUACCAGUACUGACAUGUUCAAAUGGAUUGAUGAUAAAAAUCCUUGUUUGGUAGCAGCAGACAUUUGUAUUGUGAAUUACAUGUACCAUACACAACCUGUCUAAGAAGAGUAAGGACGUGAAAUGACUGCAUGGUUAUGCCAACUUUUUAUGUCCCAAAAUGGUAUUGAUUCCUCCUCAAGAUGGAAGAGUUGUGAGUUUCAAGAUUGUAUAAUCUGAUCAUUGGUGAACUUCCUACUUCUCAGUACACCCCAGAUUCAACCACAGUUGCAGUUGACAUUUCCAACGUACUGAAUCGUUUAUCUUAUUAUCGGGGAUAUUUUACCUUUCACCAGUGAUUUUUCUUGAAUGUCAGCACUUUAAUUGCAUAAUGUUUAUUACACAGUUGUCUCACUUGAAAGCGGGGUGGGGGGGAGGAUUUAUGUUGCAAUGCUGUCAGUCCCAAUAUGAGUGAAAUGCUUGAAGGCUUCACAGUUUUAACCUGUUAAACUUAUAAAUACACAUAAUUCCUUUUUAAUAUAACAAACUACUUUAUUUCAUCCCACAAAUAUGUUUCAGCAUAUUGUUACAUGCGCUAGAUGUAAAAAACUACAAUUUUGAAUGCACAUCAUUUUUCGGUGCAACUGCUGCAAAGAAUUAAAUUAUUUGUCAUUGUUCAAUCAUUGAAAUGUUGUGACUGGAGGGGUAAUCGCUGCCUCAGCAAGAGUUGUUUCCCUUUGAAGAGUUGUGUCCCUUUCAGGAAUUAUGUCACGAUGAAGUGGAGAAAGGACCCUUCCUAAUUAGCAUUUGCCUGCUCAGAGUUGUAGUUAUCCAUGAAAACCAUUAGAAACCACGAGAGGGAAACCUCUAAAUUUCUGUGACAAAAUGAGUUGUGGGUUCUGAGGAGGUGUUAACAUUCACUAUUGUGAUAUAGUAUGGUCAUUCCCUCCUACAGGUCCAUAGGGAGGCUGUGUGGACUACAUUAGGUCCUGAACUUGAACAUAUUCAGAUUCUGGUGCUUAACAGGCCAUUAAAUGAACAGCAUUUGUGAACACAUUCUUGCUUACACUACAAAACUGUGUGGUAGAUAUAUCAUGCAUUGUGCCGCCGUAAAGUGAGAUAUCAGUGUAUUGCGCUCAGAUUUAUUCUUCUGGAGAAGACUGAGGAAACUGUGCUAUUUUGCUGGAAACCACUGGAAAGCCAACACUGGCAUGUGUUUUUUUUUGUGUGUUUUUUUUUGGCAGUGUAAAGAUGCAUACUGUAUUGUGAUACAUGAUUGCUUUCUUGAACCAUUAAAAGAUCUGGGAGUUUAGGGAAAAUAUCUCUAUACUGAACAACAUUUUAAUGAGGACACGUCAAGCGCAUAAGCAGCUUUACACCAUUUUAGUGACAUCAAGCAUGCCUUGCCCAGCUCGUCAGAACGACAUAUUAAACUAGUAAGACUCCAGCACCACCUCAGUGUUUAAAAAACAUGUUGCCUAAGCAUUCAGCGCUGUCUUUUGUUUUUCUGGGAUGAAUAAAGUUUUGUUCUGUAUUUGGACAUUUUGGUGUAUUUAGAGUGUGUGGAUUUUGAAUACUAAUGUGAACGGAUUUCUGCAGAGCAUGACGUGAAAUUUGUGUAGAACAAAAUCAAAGCCUGGGCUUUUAUAUUCUUGGUGAUGAUUAGAAGAUUUCGUGGUAAAAACAUCAUUGUUUCCAGCUAUUUAUUGAUCUCCACACUUUGAAAUGCUGCAAGUGCUGUAAUCUACUGGUACAUAUAAACAAAGAUUUAUGAUUUUAAUUUUUAUUUUUGGGAAGACAACCUGCCAGAGGUUAAGGUUUUUAAGAAAAGACUUACGAUUGAACUACUGUAAGGAUUUAGACUCUCAGCGAAAAGAUUUUAUGUAUUUGUAGAUAUGAAUGAAUUUCUUAGGAGUUGAUGUAAAAUUGUAGAUAUGGUGAUAAGUGCUGUUCGCUAUACCUGUAAUUGGAAAAAAAUGGAUUUAAAAAAAACAGGUAGAAACUGUGUAUUUGUACUACAUCCAGACAUGGGAGGAAAGUAUCCUUUGUGAUGCUUUCCAAACACAGUUUGAAACCAUGGAAACGGGUAAACAAGUCUUGUUAAUCUGUGACAAAGUGUCCAAAAAUCUGCUUAGGCUAGACAUAGAUGUGGACAUCAGUCAUCAGUAAAAAAAAAAUGGUUUUCACCACUGUGGAAGGUAGGAGUGUCUUAAUUCCUUCUGGUUGAAUUUUAAGAACUGAUGUAAGUCACUAUUUCUGUAAACUCAAGAAAUGCAGGAACUUUCGUGUAUGUUUCCUCCUUAUGAUUUAUCGUAUAAAAAUAAAACCUCGACUUUUCUGAUGUUUUAUGAAACAUUGCCCAGGGGUCGAUUCCAUGAGGCCAUUUUGGAAUGCUAUUUAAACAAUGCUCUCUUUUCAAUGGUAUAAAGCAAUGAAAAUUGAUACUGCUUAGCAGUUUGGCUGAAAAAAGGAACUAUAUCAAAAUUUGGGACCAUAAAUUGUUAAAUAUAUUGCGUUUUAACUGGCGAUAUAAAUUGCUUUGUGGAAUCGACCCUCAAACGCUGUAAGGUUGUAUGUGGGGCAUUUCUUUGUGUAGGCCUGAACAGUGUUUUUGUUGGAGAUGGAAGCAAAUUGCAUGAAAACUCAAAACUGAUGGAUGAUUUUUAUGGGUUUUCAUGUAGGAUAAUGUUGGUGGUUUUUCUUGUACUUGUGUAAUAAGCGUCUCCUCAACACCAGAUCAGGCUGUUCGUCUGUCUGUCUGUCCACAGCAUUGUUUAAUUGUCAGUCUGUAUAAUAAACUCCUCGUUCUACAUCA